CGAUUACUUGGCCUCUUCAUCACAACACGCGAACCACGUAUCUCUCUCUCUCUCUCUCUCUCUCUCACUUGUUUCUCUCAGAUUCAACGCACUCAGCCACCAGCAACAACCCUCCUCUGUCUCUCCGCCGUCACGGCCUUACGCCAGUUUCACUCGACAAUCCCCCAGAUAACAUAUAUAUUACGACAGAAGCAGACACCCACAUAUAUGAUUCAGUUUGAAGCUAAAUAAACAAUUAAUCACUGAGAUGGAGGCAUCCGCCUCUUCCCUGGUUUGUACAUGGAUAGUAGCGGCCUGCAUGUCUGUCUCUUGCCAAAACGACCAACAUCCCUCGUUGUUGUCUUCUAAGCCACAAGCAACCAACACCAGAUGGGCUCGCAAACGGAGACUCUUAUCUAAAUGUAACGCCAGCGCCAACGCUAACGCCAACACCUCUUUUCCUGGUUUUGGACGAUUAACUGCUACCAAUACCAUUGAGGGUUUCAUGUCCUCUUGUUUAUCUCCAUGCGAUCGAUACAAUAGCUCCAAUGGUUUUUCACUUUCCUCUUCUGAUUUUUUCGGUGCUGCUUCCCUUUUCCGAUCCGGAAAUGUUCCCCUUGGUGGCAGGCGCCGCCGCCCCCUCCGUUCAGGUGAAGCAAUGGCUAUAGCCAUUCAACCUUCAAUGGAAACAGUGACAAAAAAGAAACCACCAACAAAACAAAGGCGAGUGGUAGUUACAGGAAUGGGUGUGGAGACCCCAAUUGGUAACAAUCCAAAUGAUUUCUAUAACAAUUUGCUAGAGGGUGUUAGUGGCAUUAGUGAAAUUGAAGCCUUUGAUUGCUCCAACUAUCCAACUAGAAUUGCUGGAGAGAUAAAGAAUUUUUCAACAAAUGGAUGGGUGGCACCAAAAUUAUCCAAGAGGAUGGAUAGGUUUAUGCUUUACAUGUUAACUGCUGGAAAGAAAGCUCUUGCAGAUGGAGGGAUAACUGAAGAUCAAAUGGAUGAAUUAGAUAAAACCAGAUGUGGGGUUCUGAUUGGCUCUGCUAUGGGGGGUAUGAAGGUUUUCAAUGAUGCUAUAGAAGCUUUAAGGGUUUCAUAUAGAAAAAUGAAUCCUUUUUGUGUACCCUUUGCAACUACUAACAUGGGGUCCGCAAUGCUGGCCAUGGAUCUGGGAUGGAUGGGUCCAAAUUAUUCUAUCUCUACAGCUUGUGCCACUAGCAACUUCUGUAUAUUAAAUGCAGCAAAUCACAUCAUCAGAGGUGAAGCUGACAUGAUGCUUUGUGGUGGCUCAGAUGCUGUCAUUAUACCUAUAGGAUUGGGAGGAUUUGUGGCAUGCAGGGCUUUAUCUGAGAGAAACAAUGAUCCUGCAAAAGCAUCACGUCCAUGGGAUACGGGGCGUGAUGGAUUUGUUAUGGGUGAAGGAGCUGGAGUUUUGUUGUUGGAAGAACUUGAGCAUGCUAAGAAAAGGGGUGCUACAAUCUAUGCAGAGUUUUUAGGUGGAAGUUUCACUUGUGAUGCUUAUCAUAUGACAGAGCCUCAUCCACAAGGUGCUGGUGUGAUUUUAUGCAUAGAGAAGGCGUUAUCUCAAGCUGGGGUGGCAAGGGAAGAUGUGAAUUACAUAAAUGCCCAUGCCACAUCAACGCCAGCUGGAGACCUUAAAGAAUAUAAUGCUCUUCUUCAUUGUUUUGGGAAGAACCAAGAUUUGCGAGUGAAUUCUACAAAGUCCAUGAUUGGCCACCUUCUUGGAGCAGCUGGUGCUGUGGAAGCUGUUGCAACUGUACAGGCAAUAAGGACAGGUUGGAUUCAUCCAAAUAUCAAUCUUGAUAAUCCAGAUGAAGGGGUGGAUACAAAAGUGUUGGUGGGGCCAAAGAAAGAGAAACUGGAAGUGAAGGUGGCGUUGUCUAAUUCAUUUGGAUUUGGGGGUCACAACUCUUCCAUAUUAUUUGCACCUUUCCAAUAGACAAUACUUGCUCUUUAUUCAGACAUGAUAUGACAUGGGGUGUGUCUGUUUGGAAAAAAGAGAAACAGUGGAAGAUGAAGGAAGAAUGAAAGCUAAAUGGCUAAUGCUAGUGAAUGCUGUUCUUGUAAUGAUAUUCUUCACCUGACUGUUGUUGCUUCCAUCUGUGUACUUUGAAAGUAGAUGAGAAUGAAUGAAAUAUUUUGUUGGAUUUUGAUGUUAUAUGUAUUACUUUUCUUUCAUCAUAUGUUUUGCCUCAUA